GUCAGUCGCGUCACGUUAGCCGCACGCAGUCCGCUCGUCCGUCGCCGUAUAUCCGCAGCGAUAUCAACGUGACAUAUUUUACGAAAAAAAAAAAAAAAAACAAUAUUAUUUCUAUUUUAACCGCGCGAUCGAUUUUGUUUGUUUUUCCCCGUUUCGACCCGUGUUCAUUGCUGUUUCGAUUUUUCCUUUUCCCCCGCGCUCGAAUUCACCGCUAUGGGCCGGAGCCUUGCGCUGUGGACGAAGACGUUGAGCUUCCCGUCCCGGAACUCGCCCAACAAAUCGUCCAAGCACAGUAUCACCGCGUCCGUCAACACGUCGUCGUGCACGAUUUUCGCGCCCGCCACGCCGACCAAAGACAAGACUACGCCCGCGUCCACGCCAGACGUAAGUGUAUAGAUAGCGUCACCACGCCGUCGCACAAUAAUAGUAAUCGCGAGAUAAUUCGAGUACCCGUACGAUAUGCGAUAUCUGAUGAUAUGAUAAUUGCGAUCGGGCCGUUUCGCUGUUACGAGCAGUCGACUGGCAAAAAAUACCGACGAAAUUGCUUGUCUGUCGUCGUACACCCCCGCCGAGUAGGUGGCCGCCAAAACCCGUACCGGCGGCGUACCCCCGGGGUACGGGGCCCGAAGGGAUUGAAAAUACAAUCGGUCAUUCAUUAUGCACCCGUUUUGAUAUUGCCGGGCAUUCAACGGCGGAGAAACGCUAAUUUCAGGUUCUUUUCACCCCCUCUCAAAAAAAAAAGCCGUACCUACUUCGACCCUGAUUUCUAACCGUAAUACCGAAAAAUCGGGGCGCGUGAUAUUAUUUUCCACCGCCCAUGCUUACUCGACGACAAACAAUAUUGUCGCAGGCACCCGCCAUUCAGCGUGGUUAUAUAUUUUGUAAAACGGUCGCGGGAAAAACGCUUUUCGCGCAAUAAAACGUCACUCGCACGGUGUUUUGCACAAUAAAUUGCGUUAUUGUACACCGAUUUAUCUCGCUAUUGUUCGGCCCCGUUGGAAAAUCCCGAGCAACCCCCCUCCGCUCGGUACCUAUCCAACGAUAUUCGUUCCGAAAUGAAAAAAAAAAUAAAUAAAAAACACUUUGAAAACCGCUUAACGCGAUGCGCAAUAGGUGUCUGCACGUGUGGUGCGAGGAGUUGCUAAACCACGAUACGUAUUAUUGUCCGGGUUUCGAUACGUUUUCCCGGUGUGCGUUUUAAUAACGUGGGGUUGUUGCGCGUUUCCGAACUAAUAUUUCACACGUGUCGCACGUGACUUUUUUUUUUUUUUAUAUUAUUGUAACGUUUAAACCGAAUCAAUAGUAGACGCGGUGUAAGUCGAUGGGGGGGGGGGAAACUGUGUCGAUCCGUUACGAUGUCCGUAGAUUUCGGGUCUAAACCCGGUGCGCGAGUAUUUUUGUGGAACGAUAUUAUGCGCCGACGCGUGCCAACUCUGCGGCGUCGGCGGUAAAAUGGCCGGGCGGCAUAAGGGGAAUAUGUAUGGAAUAUAUUCCUCUUUUGUUUUGCUUUUGUAUUUUUUUUUUUUUUUUUAAUUUUUCAUGAAAUUAUUUCUCAAUUUCGUAAAAGUAAAAUAAUGAUAAUGUUUAGAUUUCGAACCGAAUCACACGGGUGCCGAUAUAUUAUAAUAGCGCGCGGGGCCGAGAACGCACGAUGUUGUAUUCAUUGUAAUUGUAUACUUGUUUUCAACUAUAGUGACUUUUUUUUUCUUGUUGACCGUGUUAACAUGUCGUACGCGUAAGUCGCCGGAAAGUCGCACCCCCCUCCCCCACCCAACGUACGGUCACGCGCAGGAGAAGAGAAAAAAUUAUAAGUUUUAAGUUUCGACACGUGUUUUUUUUUUUUAAAAAAACAAACGUAAACCGAUUCCGCCGCCGCCCCCUCCCCCAUCCCCAAAUAGAAACGGUCAUAUGUUUCGGAGACGCAAAACAAACAAACAAACAAACAAAAUAAUAAUACGGGAGUUCUCCGCCCCCGGUCGUCCUCAACGCUGGACGCUAGAAUUACUAUUAAGAAGGCGUUGCGCGGGUACACCGGCACGUAAAAAGUGCAAUCAAAUUAAUCGGCCGAGAAAUAUACGAAACUCGAACGAACGCCAUUGUAAAAUAUGAUAAUUUUUUUGUCGAGUGCCUGCUGCGAGUAGCGAUUAUUGUUUUUGUCGAAGGUUCUUUCUUUUUUUUUUUUUAUUAUUUCCCCGCGCACCGCAGCGCGCGUCGGGUCGCGCCGUCGCGUGCGGAUAUAAUCGUCGGAUGUACAGCAACAGCAGGAUAUUGUAGGAGACGAGUAAACACGCGCGUUAAUAAUAAAGACGCGGGCGUUCCGUAAAACAAACACAAUCGCCACGGACAUACGAAUCGAAUCUAAUGUUUUAUGAAAAUUAGUUUUUUUUUUUUUUUUUGUCGCGUACGCGAAAAAUAAAACGACGCGGCUUGUGUUGUGACUGCGUAACAAAACGCGCCGAUCGCGCAAUAACGUAUUUUCAAACGGAAUACCCGUGCCGUUUUUUUUUUUUUUUCGGUCGAAACCAUUCGUAAACGCGUAUUCCUCCGUGUCCGCAUCGAAACUUUUCCGGUUUUUUCCCCGCUCCGAUUUUUUAAGCGUAUAGCGUCUUUUACGAAAUCAAACGGUCGCGGGUUCACCGCCCGGGUACGGGUCGUUUUUCGAUUUCCCGUGUUAGUUUUUCUGGUAGUAGUUGUUGGGAAAAUGGGAAAGUUUACGGAAAUACCCGGCGGUUUUAUUGUUUUUUUUUUUUUUUUGCGAGUAAUCGCCCAGACCCGAAAUGUUCGCCGAAAAAAUUAUAAUAUUGGCAUUUUNNNNCAAACGGAAUACCCGUGCCGUUUUUUUUUUUUUUUUUUUUUUUUGCGAGUAAUCGCCCAGACCCGAAAUGUUCGCCGAAAAAAUUAUAAUAUUGGCAUUUUCUUACACGCGGCAUUAUAUUUAACGGUUUUCGAGCUAUUUAUAGACAUUCGCCAUUAUCGCGUAAUUUUGUGUUUUACCUGCGUUAAUUUCGAUUUUACUUAGGACAAAAAUGUGUUGUUUUUUUUUUGGCCGGGCAGAAAUGCUUGAAAAUUGCACGCUAUUUGGUAUUUUGGUGGUAAAAAAAAAAAAAAAGAGAAAAAAAAUCGAGUGGAAUGGUAGCAGCUUAACAAAGCUGAAACGUCGACGGAAAUCGUACGAAUCGCGACAUUUCAAAACGUGUUUAAAUCGAAAUUAUUAUUAUUAUUAUUAUUAUUUUUCAUGAAUAAUAAAACGACCUAUUGCCCCGAGGAAAACGGAAAUUAUACACGUUAUAAUAUUGUAAAAAUACGAACGCCCCGUAGUCGUAUCGUAAUGAUAAAUAUCGUACAACCCGUAGGCAUCGUACGCGUAGAAAAAACCGCGGGGGUAAUUUUGUACGCGCGCGCGCAAAUUGCGACCGACACCGAGCAGCGACCGCGUAACGAUCGUCGAGCGAUUGUAAUUCGUAUUCCGUAACAAUUAUACAGGUAACGGUGUACCUGUCAACACGGGCGUGUUUCGGGCCAUGCAAUUUUUGUGCAACCCGAUUAACGGACAUUAACGCGGCGGGGGGCGGGGGGGGGGACAAAACCGUUUUGGCGACGGUGCAAAUUUUUGUCGUCACACUGUUGUUUGAUAAAAACCUCGGGUCGGUGGGAUUCGGCGGUUUUAUUCGGUAAAUCUGUUAAAAAAAAGCUCGAUUGUUGAACACGAAUCGGCUUUUAAAUCGUGUUUAUUGUUCGCGCGUCGUUAUGCACAAUAUCGUAUACACAUAUAUACGUAUACGCAUGUAAUUAUAACACGCACCCCACAUCCCGCCGAAAAUCCCCCCAACCCCCCGGCUUACUCUGCCGAACGGUUACGGUUACGGGGGGGGGAGGAGGGGGAGGGGGCGACAAAAAACGUUCGGACGGCGUAUCGCAACCGCAAGUAACGCGAGUGUUCUCGCUGCGCGGGUUCUCCGGUAACCGGACCGUCGAAACGCGCCGUCCGCUUGUCGAACGAAUCGCGCAGUAAACAACAUUAUCGCCAAAACCAGUUGCGGUACGCGAAACCGGCGGGAAAAAAAAAAAAGCAGCCUGCUCAAAACGGCGGCAUAUCCCGACAACACCGGUCCGCGCGUCGCCAAUAUUAUUGUCGUACGGCCCGUACUUACAGCGGCGAUAAUAUUGCGCGCGCGCGGGGCUAUCGGAGUGCGCCGACGCGUGGGCGGGGGCGCCGGUUGCUUACGGCGUCUACAGCGCGCGGAGACCGCCGAAAAUUAUCGAUCGGAACGACGUUAACCGCCGUAAAUCGGAACAACAACGGUGUGGUGUGCCACUGCGCCUAAUUAAAUUAUAAACGCGCGCGUACCACAAUUUCCGUCGGAAUACGAAAUCCUAUUUUUAAAAUAUGUAAUGCGCGCCGGUUCGAUAUUACAACGGCGUCAUCGGCGGCCGCGCGAAAUCUGUCGGCUAGCGGCAGGUGUGUUGGCGAAGUAGUUUCCGACGAUUUUUUUUUUUUUUUUUUACUCAUUUCCGCGUAAUCCCAAAUAAGAACGUGCCCGGACGACGACCCUUUGAUGACCCAUUAAUAACGCCGACGGAUUGUAACGAAAUUAUAUAAAUUAUUAAAAUUAUAUUUCGGAGUUCAGCGGGGCACGCGGGCCCCCUUCCGGGCGCGCCCGUGUACGGCGGCAUCUGACGAUGUUCAGGCAUGUAUUUGUUCGGAGACAAUGAUAGUGUUUUGAUGAAUGUUCGGUGCGGGAUGAAAAAAAAAAAAAAAACGAUUUUCUACGGUAUUCGUUAGUUAUUUCACGAUUGUAUUAGAUCCGUCUGAAACACUGUAAAUAUCAUGUCGAAAUACAACAGUUAAUUUUCCAAAAGUGCCUGGUUGAGCGAAGGAAAAACAAACAUAUAAUUGCCAUUAAAAUGAUGCAAUAAUACUAUAUAUAUUUUUCAGAUUACGAACGUGUUUAAAAUAAUACUAUCGAAAUAUAUUAAUAAUGAAUUAAUGACUUUUAUCGACCGAGUACAACAAUAACGGCCUAUCAGCGUUGGCCUUUGCUCGUAUCGAACGUGUGGACGUGUGAAUGUGCACGUAAACACGCGAUUGUUCGCCGUCUCCAUUAAAACUACCGGUUUAUUUAUAAGGCAAUACGAAUAUCGAACCGAUAUUACCGACAAAAAACCGACUAUAGUGUUUACUGUCCGUUAACACUCGAUGAUCGUCUUGACAUUUUCUCACUUGUUCUCGCCAAAGGGGCACCGCCUCUCUGCGCCAUUAUAGUUUUCGAAGCCGUUCGAAACUGUUGGAAUUUACGCCAAUAUCCACACUAGGUACGCCUAUCCAUCAUCUCGUUAUGCUAAUAAUAUUUUAUCGCGAAAGCGAUUUUUCUCUACGAAUCGACCACGAUUUUGUUUUUGUUUUUUUUUUUUCUCUCACACGCGCGUUAGUUUUUGUACAAUACGCGCAUACAUUUCACCACGCUUUGCACGGCGCCGGUCGCUAUUAUAUUACUGUAUCACGUACGAGAAUCGUUAAUUAUCGUCGAAAGUUCUUCCGUGCGUCGAGUACCGGCUAAAUAUAUAUGUGUAUAUUAUUAUUAUUAUUGUUGUUGUUGUCGGUACGCGUACCCGCAGACAUACAGGGACGUGUUGGAAACGGAAUAGAAAAAAAAAAAAAAAAUAUAGAAAAAAGAUGCCAAACGGAAAGUAGCUCCCGCGGACCGAAUUUCGUGUGCGGUGAAUUAGACGACCGCGUCCUCCGGGUUCGCGCGCCCGCAACCACGCCGGGUACCGUCCACCGACAGAGUCGUCGCGUACUCGCAACGCGUCGACACUCGCCGUCGGGCAUAAAAAAAAUAAAAAAAAAUUUUAAUAUUUAUAUUAUUAACGACACGAUUGUUGUUAUUGCGCGCGGUAAUAUUCGCGUAUGCGAGACACGCGCGACAGGUGUAAACGCCAUUACGGUUUCCGUCGGCCGUCCGUCCGCGCAACGUGUACAACGCAUACACUCUUCCGUCACCGAAAACGAGUACCGUCCGCAAAGACGUCCCGGGCCCGCUGCUGUGUACGGCUGCGCGACGACGGCGACUAUUAUGUAUCCGGGACACGCAUCGCUCGACGAGAUUGUAUAUCGGAUUGCGCGGCGGCGUGGAAAUUAAAUACCCGGCGGAUAGGUCUCGGGUAAAUAAUAAUAAAAAAAAAAUAAAAAAAAAAAAACGGAAUUCCGUCGAGGGGGUCGAACGCUCUUGAGGAAAAAAAAAAAAAUAAUAAUAAUGCACACGCCGCAGGAUGUCCGGCAAUGUGAUUUCGCCACUAAUUGGUGUCGUCCGCCGCGGUGUUUAUUAGAUAUUUCAAAUGUAAUUUAAUCCGGAUUUCGGCCGGAGAGUGGUGGAUCGCAGUCGUCGGGGAUAAAAGACGGCGUUGUUUUGAUAGGAAUAAAGGGCGUGACGGUUGCGCAGACGUGAAAAGAAAACUAGUGGCUUUUUUGAAUACGCGGGUGUUGUGCGAAAAUGGUGGUUGCGAUUAAACGGACGGAAAGAAUAAUAAACGGAGAAAUAUUGAACUGCAGAACAAAAAUGGGAGGGAGGGGGGGGGGGAAACUAGAACUUUGGCACAGAAUAAAAGUCGGAAAGGACGAUAGGUUGGCGAAACGCGUCACACAAGGUGACGCGAAUGGACACGAUAAUCCCGAGGAGGUAUACCGAGAAACGAACAAAUCGCGAGAGACGUGAAUGGAUAUGGACAGCUGCUACGAGGAGUUAAAGGAAUCGAGUGACGAACGGCCGAAAAGUCGGACAAAUCUGUACGGGGUCGGGUUUGUAACGUUUCGAUUUUGAAAACCGAUUGGACGUCGAUCAGACGACCGGCGGCCGGGGUUUACGGUGUCGACAAUAUUACGAGCGGUCCGGCGGGCGGUCUGUCGCGGAAACGUCUCCUCCAAAUGUCUUCCGAGGCGGUCGCGAUUAAAAUUCUAAACCCAUUGACCGUGCCCGCGAUACGUUACGACCGUCGUCGCGGUCCCGUGUAAUAAAGCGGGUGAACCCCGUGUGCGGAUCGCGCGCGCGCGCGCCCGUAUUGUGGGCGAAAACACCGGGCGGCGCGCGUGUCGCCCGCGCGUCCCGUCGAAUGCGUGCCAGAGAAAUGCGACGCACAUUUCCGUUUUCACCUCUCGUUCGUACUACCCGGCCGUACAACGGAUAAGAUUGGUGGUGGUCGUAUUUGUACCCGUAUAAAUGUCUGUGUGUGUAUAAUAUAAAUGCGCGUUCUGCGGUGUUCUACUAUUACACCGCGUAACCGACCGGUCCGUCCGACACACUGUCCACUGUUAUUAUUACGUUCGUCUUCGGUUCGCCCAUACAUGCCGACCGUGUAUGCGUUUUAUGUAUCGCGCGCGCGCGCGAGUAUUUCUCCGCGGGCGAAUCGUAUACAGAAGAACAGAAAAAAAAAAAAUAAAAAAUAUACGCGUUACGCAAUUUUAACACGGCGCGACCUAUUAAUUCGAAAGUAAUUACUCACGCGGCGGCGAUCCCGAGGUGCGGGCGAAUAAUCGUACGGCCGCGUACGUUACACGAACGGUGUUAUUAUAUUAUCACUCGCGCGUGUCGUUAUUAUAUACGUACGUAUGUUGCACCGCGCGUAACGUCACGCGCGUUAUGCGACCGGUGUUUACGAUAUUUUCAAAUAUCAACGAAAAUUCGCGAACUGUACAAGUGAUAAUAAAGAGGGAUAAUAAAAGAGAAAACGAAAUAAAAACAAAUCCGACGCCUCGUUUGCUGCGAUGUGCCGGGUUGAAUCGGGCGACGUCGCGCGAAAAACGUCCGUCCGACCGACACACGCGGACCGAGCGUUAUUGGUAACGAUUCACAUCGGGCCGCGGGCCCGUUCGUCAAUCCCCGCGUUCCGGAAACCGCGCGGCUCGGGCCCGCCGCGCAACGACGAGAAAACACGGCGCGACAAUCCGGUCCGUUACGAGUCGGACACGAUUUUCACGCGAAACCCAAUGCCGCCGUCGCGAUACUACAGUUCGGUCCGCGCGUUACCGUCGCAUAUAAUCGCACAGUUUAUUAUUAACGGACGUGUACCGUUUCGGCGUCGGAAAACAAUUAACGACGGAUAAUACCGUCGUGCACGAUGCGACCGCGUUCCAAUAUACGUGUCCGAGGGCCGUUCUCGCCGGCGUAAAAAAAAAAGAAAAAAAACGGCGUUUGUCCGAUUCCCGAACCGAGUUUGCGGCCGACCGCGAUCGGUCGAUUGUCAUUGUUAACACUCCGUUUAAAAACCAACGCGUUCACGUUGGCCAGAACGGGCCUGACUGCCCGAGAAUCGGGCCGUUAUUAUUAUUAUUAUUUUUUUUUUUCCCCCUCCGGCGCCGCGGUUUUCAUUAAAGCGUUUGAAUUGCGAAUACUGACUCCGUGAAAUUAUUAACGUUUAAUCGAUUCAUCGAACGACGUUUAGUAAAUUCACGACCGCAAAACAUUGUUAACAAUUACCAGACAGGUAGAAAAAAUGUACAGCUAGCGCAACGGGCAAUACUUUUACUAAAAAUAUUUUGUUAUCUAUUUCAUACAAUAAACGUAUAUUUUCUGUAAAAAAAUUCCGGUUUCGUAUUUGCAUACCGGGUAGAUGUAAAUUAAAUUAUUACACAUAUAUUCCUCCCCGACAACUUGUUCGUCAUAAAACAACACAUCAGCGCCGGCAACCUUUUAAAACAUUAUUUUCAAAAGGACUUCCGAGUUAUUGUUAAUAAACCAGUGGAUUUUGUUACGCGUAUAAUAUAAUAUGAUAGGUACCUUAUUAUGAUAUAGUAAAUAUUUUAUUUCCAUCUUGUAAUCUGAAACCACGGUAAGAAAACGGAACAAAACCGAACGUGAUCCCGACUAAGGGAGGAUUCACUUAAUCACGUUUCGAAAACAUCUGUCACGGGUCCAACAUGUGUAAGGGGAAAAAUAAUAUGACCUCACCGACCCCCGUGUAUAGCAUUGCACAGCAAUUUCGAAACUGAACAGAUGUUUUGUUCGGCCGUAUUUAGUUUGGACUAGAAAUAAUUCAUAAUCAUAAUAUCAGUACGCAUUUGUAAUUUAAACGUUAUCGGACACGGUCAGAUAAAUUGUUAGGCAUUUUUUUUUUUCAGAGAAUAAUUUAUGUACCUACGUUAAGCAAUAUUAUUAUUCUUAAAGGAAAAUUCGAUACGAUUGUCGUAUAUAGGAAUGUUUCGGUGCUGUCAAAAUAACUCUGUUCUAUUGCGUCCGGUGACUAAUGAUCUUGGAUGGCAUUCAUACAACGAUAAAACGCCCGACAUUGGUCCGUAUAGUGUAUUAUCAUCAUGUAAAUUGUCUUCGACAUUAUUAUUUAAAUGGGUAAUUAUAUGAAAAGUUUUGUUAUAAACUCAAGUAAUAAUUUUAAAAAUAGAAAAGAAAAAAAAACAACAUUAUUACACGUCAGUUUUCGGGCAUGUACCGCAAAAUAACUCGAUUAUAAACUGUGCAAACACCAAAUUUCCAGCAACAAUAACGGCCUAGUCGAUUUAAAAACGGUCUCGAUAAUUGCUCGGACGGUUCUAUAAAAAUAAUAAUUUCAUAUUUAAUCCACCGAACCAUUUUUGACAGACCCUCAAGCCCGCAGGAGUGGUCCGCGUGUGGAUUAUAACAGGUGUGUUUCAGCAACCGUAACUUCUCGUAAAUAAUUAUUUGACCAGAACUAGGGGUCUCCCUUAAACUUCACCAAGCGUAUAUCCUUCGACUCGAAACGCCUUGCAUUAUGUUAUUAUAUUCGUCGCAGUAGGUAUGAGCGCGAGAAAUAGGAAUCACACCUGGUUUAGUUUAUCUUGGUGCUUAGCCUUCCUUGACGUGAUUGUAUUAAAAAAUAAUAACACACACACACACACACACAGUAAUACCUAUGUUAUGAUAUCGAUUUUUAUUUAUAAAUGUGCACAUUGUGAGGUGCCUAUGUGUACAGUUUAUUGUUUUCCAAAAUGUAUGAGUAUUAGUGUACACUAGCUCUAUAAUUACUAUCAAACGAUUUUUAUAUUAGUUUAAUAUUUGGAUAAGGCUAUUAAUAAUAGUAUAAUACGCAUUUUCCGAUAAUUAGAAAAGAUUUAAAAACUUGAGUUACGUUCUAUUCUAAUACACAAAAAUGGAUCAGAAAUACAAUGUCUUAUAUGCAUUUAUAUAACAACACGUAGAAGGGAAAAAUAAAUUCUUAUAAGAAAUCAAAGUGCAUUACCAUCGUAUACGUAGCCACCCAACGUUUACUAGUUUAUGAUGUGUUCAUUGAAUCACUUCCAUGAGAACUAACUCCACAUCAUGUAUCUACCUAGACAUAUCGAGGGUAAUCUAUUUAACAGUUUAAUCGAUUUCUGCGGUUUCUAUCCCUAUGGUCGUCAGUCACUAGACCAUAAACAAAAUCAUAUAAUUACUUACACUCGAAACUUCGACAAUAUAUAAUAUACUCACCCAUUCAAAACAUUUCCCACUCAAUGUUUUAAUUUUUGAAUAAUAUAUUUUGAUGCUACUUCAAGUCCAAAUUUAAUUAGUAAUAUUAUAUUAUGAGAAACUUGUGUGGUUUUAUAUAUUUUAUAACGACAAUUUAUAUAAAUUCAUAAUAAUAAUAAUCAUUAUUCGUGCUAUUGUGCAAAACACAUGUUACGUCUCUUCUUAUACCCAACCCAACCGUGAAAGGAAAAACGUCGGUUUAGUCCCAUAAACUAUUUUGUUCUGAAGAUAUUAUACACUACAAAGCAACACAUGGUGAACUAUGUACCUAAUUGCUAAACCAUUGUAAAACCCAUACGAACACGCACACAUGUCUUUAGGAUGCAUUGUAUUGUUUGGAGCGCGUAGGGUAACAUUUAUUUUUAUACGAGAAAAAAUGGCGUUUUAAAUUUUGAAUAAUGUGUAUGCCUGAAUACAAAAUUAACUUCUAUUAUUUAAUUGCGAAAAUUGAACCAACAAUAUUCUUUCAAACAGGAGGGGGGGGGGCUCAUCCUCUUCAGAAUGGAUAUUCUCUCCUCUCAUGACUUUCCCUUCUAUAUUUAUAAUAAUAUAAUAUAUAAUUAAUCUAUCUAUUUAUUUAUUUAUAAAAGAACAAAUAAAGUAAACAAUUUAAAAAUUAGCCUAUUUAAUUUAAAAAUCGGGACACUAAAGUAAACGUCCUUUUUUAUGGUCUUCUAUGUUUUAAGAGUAAGUUAUAAUAAACUUAGGUAGGUACCAUACUAACAUAUGUGUAAAUGAGUGUUACAUUACCUCAAAGUUUCUUGUGUUUUUAUUUUUAUAUACCCUAGAAAGUAGAGAAAUACUAAGUCUUUCAUUUGAUACACAUGAUCAAAGGGAAACCCAUUUAUAUUAUAAUCCAAAGACAUAUUUAUACUUGGAAUAUAUUCCUGGAAAAAUCUAUCUGUAUCAACUUUUGAAAGGAACAAACGAAAAAACAUACAAAUUGUGAAUGUUUGGACAGAUGACAAUCUGCUCCAUCAUGAUAAAACAAUUUGACCUCCAAAAAAAUAUUUCUAACAUACUGACAGGAAUUAGUUUUAAAACCAAUAUGUCUUAUAAAAUAUAAAUUAAUUUUGUAUUUAUUGGUAGGUUAGGUGUUCAUUGUAAAAAAAAUUUUAACAUUGAUUAAUUAUUUUAGUACUUGUUUCAAUAGUCAUAAUUAGGAAACUGAUAUAUUUUGUAUAUGUACUUAAAAUUCACAAAAAAUCACUUAUAAACGUCAUAAAAGCACUAAAAAAUUACUUAAAAAAUAUUUAAAAGAACAUUAAAGGUAUAUGGGUUUAAGUUUCCCUGUUUAUUGUUUCUGACUUAUUAAAAAUAAUCUUUUAACACUAAAAAAACAAUUGUAGCAAAAUAAUUUUCUUCAAAUAUAUUUGUACGUGUUGUUAAAAAAAAAAAAAAAAAAGCUCAUAGCUUUUUUAUAUAUAUAUAAAGGACAUAUAUAGAUAAUAUGUCCUACACUGUAAAACCUUUAUAUAGAAGUAUUUAAAACUUGCAUAUAAAUUUGAAAAUAGAGAUAGGCACACUGCAAUAAAUAAUUUGUUCUCAAGACUGUGGAUAGAAUUCUUGAAAAUUAAAAUUUGUACAAAUAGGUUUACAUGUGUACAUAUCUAUUUGCUUUGGACAUGGUCUGUUUUUCAAUUUUUUUUUUUUUAAAAUGUGUAAAAUUUAACUAGUAUAAGUUAAAUACAAAUUUGAUUUAAUCUCUAUAGUAACUGUAAUAUAAUCAUUUUCAUUUGAUUCAAACUUCUACUUUAUAAAGUUAUCUAUGAUUAUGAAUUUAUUUUACAAAUAUGUAUGUGCUUAAAUAAAUAAAUUGUAUGUUUCAGGUAUCAGAUUGUGAAAAAGAUAAGGACAUAAUGGGUUCUGUUGUCUAUUGCAUUCAUCAUAAAGAAGGUUGCAAAUGGAGUGAUCAACUAAGACGUUUAAAAGUAAUAUAUACAUAUAUAUAUAUAAUUAAUCAUAAUUAAAUUAAUCAAAGUGAAAUAAACUUUUUAUUAUUAAUUUAAUAAAUUUCAUAUUUUUAUAAUCAAUUGGAAUUAAUAAUAUAUAUUAAAAUAAAUCAACAGGGACACUUGCAAACAUGUAAAUAUGAUGCUUUACCUUGCACCAAUCAUUGUGGAGCUCAAAUCGCCAGGAUUCUAAUGGAUGAUCAUGUGAAAUAUACUUGUAUUGAACGUAUCAUCAAAUGUGAAUAUUGCAAUGGUGAAAUGAAAGGGGAGGCCGCUAGUGAAGAGCAUAGUAGAACAUGCCCAGUUGAACCAAUCCAUUGUGAAGCAAAAUGUGGUGUAAAAAUCCCAAGACGGAUGUUAGCUAAGCACAAGGUACACUAUUUUAUAAUUAUUAUAAUAUUGAGGACAAAUUUAAUUACAAACAAAUCUGUUAAUUAGGUCACCGAAUGUUCAAAAAGAUUGGUACCCUGUCGUCACUGUGGUAGGCAAUUUGUAGCUGAUACUAUUAACUCGCAUUCAUCAUCAUGCCCACGUUUCCCUCUAACUUGUCCCAAUAGAUGUGAAAUUGUCACUGUUGCACGUGAGGACUUAGAACACCACAUAAAAAAUACAUGUCAUUCGAUGUUAACAUCUUGUAGCUUUAAAGAUGUUGGUUGUCGAUUCAAGGUACAUUUUUAAAUUUUUAAAAAAUAUCUCAAUUAAUUUCAUAUUUUUAUGUGCAGGGUUUAAGAGGAAAGCAAAUGGAUACACACAUGGAAGACGCAAGCCAACAGCAUUUAACAUUAAUGUGUUCAGUGGUCACCAAACAGCAACAGCAAAUUGUAUCUAUGAAAAAAGUGAUUAAUAACUUAGCUGUUAAUCAGUCAGGUAAAUUACAUAACAAUUUUUUAAACUGUAUAUAAAAAUAAAGUUCCAAUUUUUUUUUUAUAAACAAAUUGAACCAAUUAAAGGUACUUUGAUUUGGAAAAUUGGGGACGUAUUGGAAAAACUUGAAGAGGGUCGGCACAAAUUAUGUGGUGAUGGCUUAGAACUCAUCAGUUCGCCGUUCUAUACCAGCCAGUUUGGGUACAAGUUGCAAGCAUCGGUGUUUUUGAACGGCAAUGGGUCUGGUGAAAAUACACAUGUAUCUGUUUAUAUAAAAAUACUACCGGGUGAAUUUGAUGCUUUACUCAAGUGGCCAUUUUCACACUCUGUGGCAUUCACAUUGUUUGACCAAAGUGAAAAGGUGUGUAAUUUAGUAAUAUUGUACAAAUUUAUUAACCUAAGCUAAUAGUUAGUAUAUAUUUGCACAUUACAUUUUAAUAUUUUAUUUACUAAUUUGAAAACAAAUGCAACAGAAUUAUCUAAAAUGUAUAUCAUAGUUUAAAUAUAUUUUAGAUAAGAACAUGACAAAUUAAUGUCAAUUAAAAUACACUCCAAAUAAAUGUUGACAAAAUCUUAUAAAUAAUUAAUAUAAAUAUAACUUUCAGUCAAAAUUAAAAACAAUAACACAGUAAAAUAAAAAAAAAGAUAACAAAACAAAUAGGCAAUUUAAAUUUGCAUUGUAAUGUGCAAAUAUAUUAUUCUAAUGGUUAUUUUUUUAACACAUAUGCAAUAAAUUAUAAGAUAAAUAUUUUAACUACCUUUGUUUGUCGGUCCUUAGCCAUGCAACAUAGUUGAGAGCUUUGUGCCUGAUCCUUCUUGGGAGAAUUUCCAACGACCAAGCACUCAGCCAGAUAGUCUUGGAUUCGGUUUCCCAAAGUUUGUAUCGCAUGAAACGCUACUGAAAAAAAGACAGUUUAUUAAAGAUGAUACAGUGUUUUUACGCAUCAAAGUAGAUCCUAGCAAAAUAGUAGCAGUCUAAAAAUGUAUUUCAAAUGUAUAAACUCUACAUAAUAUGAUCUCGUAAAAUGUGUAUGAAAAGACAAGUGUUCAUAUUUUGUUUUUUUAUAGUAAUUUAAUCGCAAUUGGUUAAAUACAAUAUGCGUGGACUGUUUGUAUUUAUUCUUAUAGCUGUUAAGUCAAAUUAAUGUUUUAGUUUAUUUAUGUAACAUAUUUUUCUUUUAAAAAAUACUAUACCAAUUUAAAUUGUAUUGUAUCAUAUAAUUUUUAUAUUAUACACCAAACUAUUAUAUUAUUCACAUUAAAUCUAUUUACGUAUUACAUAUAUAUGUGUAUUUUAUUUAAAUCUUACAUUAUACAAAUCUGUUCUUGAAGAACUGAAAAACUUGGUAUGAAUUAUUUCUAUUGCCAUCUAGAUGUAACAUAUCGAUCCAAAUAGUAUUAUUUGUUUUUCUUAAUACUAUUGUAGCAGCAAAUAAUGGUUCGGCAUUUGCAGUGAUCAAUUGCUCCUCCAUAUCUGGUUCAUCAUUAUGUAAAUUAUCACUCAUCUUUUGACGCUUGUUAUCAGCUAUUCUUUGUUCUUUACGUCUUUUCCGUCUUUGAUGAGUCCAUGUGUUUUCAUAGGCUUUAACAUCAGCUUGGUAUAAAACAUUUUCAUCAGUUUUUGAUUUUAACAUUGAGAUAGACAACU